AUGAUAAUCGAUAAGGCAUUAUCAUACGCGAUCGACGUGUUACUCAUGAGACCGGAUAAAUUCGAUGACUUUGUGGACAACGAACUUCGCAUAUUUCUUCUCGACACGCAAAAGGCGAAGCGUAUUCUGCUCGAUGUGAUGCUUCUUCAUCCUGAGUAUGUACCACGAACAUGGGGCGGUGAUGUUUUGACAAAAGGUCAAAGUGAAGCACGACUGGAGGCAAUGGGGAAAAGACAACCUACCCAAGUUUCCGACAGCAAAACAAAUGUGGAGAAGGUAGGAAUCCCAUGA